AUGAAGAAAAAGAAGAAGAUCGAGGUAGAUAAAGGCAGCAGCAACCAUUUUCCACUGUUGAUUUUCAUCCGCAAAUUAUUAAACCCGUAUGCUCCUGUAAUAACUUUGGAACAGCAGAAAGGAAAAUUGAAACGCAUGAUGAAACAUGGCUGGGACAACUACGUGAGGUAUGCUUGGGGAAAGAACGAAUUGAGACCGAUCUCUAAGAGAGGUCACAGCGCCAGCAUAUUCGGUGCUUCGAAUAUGGGUGCAACCAUCGUCGAUGGCCUCGACACUCUCUACAUCAUGGGUCUUCACGACGAAUUCAAGCAGGGCCGCGACUGGAUCGCCGAGAAUCUAGACUUCGAUAUCAACUCCGAGAUAUCCCUCUUCGAGACGAACAUUCGUUUCAUGGGAAGCCUGCUGGCCUGUUACGCCCUCACCGGGGACGUGAUGUUCCGGGAUAAGGCGGCUCAGCUUGGCGAACGGAUGUUGCCCGCUUUCCAGACGGAAACCGGAAUUUCUCAUUCCCUCAUCAAUCUCCAUACCGGGGCGAGCAAGAAUUAUGGCUGGGCGAGCAGCGGGUGCAGCAUCCUUUCCGAAAUUGGCACGAUGCAUCUCGAAUUCACCUACCUCAGUGACAUCACCGGCAAUCCGGUUUUCAAGGGCAAGGUCGAGAACGUGAGGAAAGUGCUGAAGAGCCUGGAGAAACCGAAAGGCCUGUAUCCGAACUACAUCAACCCGAAGACUGGAAAAUGGGGACAGCAUCACAUGUCGCUUGGAGGUCUUGGCGACAGCUUCUACGAGUAUCUGUUGAAAGCGUGGAUUCAGUCCGGCAAGGAGGACGUCGAAGCCCGACAAAUGUACGACGAAGCGAUCGCGGCGAUAGAUCAACACAUGAUCAAGACGUCACCUGGCAAGCUGCUCUACGUGUCGGAUCUGAAAUACGACAGGCUGGAGCAUAAAAUGGGUCAUCUGGCGUGUUUCGCUGGUGGUAUGUUCGCAUUGGGCGCGAAAACUCUGCAAAACGAAUUGUCUGAAAGAUACAUGACAAUAGCCGCUGGUCUCACCAACACGUGCCAUGAAUCUUACGAUCGAAGCUUCACGAAGCUCGGUCCGGAAGCUUUCCACUUCAUCGAGGGUAACGAAGCGAAGAGCUUAAAGAACGGAGAGAAAUACUACAUCCUUCGACCAGAGACCUUCGAAUCGUACUUCGUGAUGUGGCGACUGACAAAGGACCCGAAAUACCGUGAGUGGGGCUGGGAGGCCGUUCAAGCUCUCGAGAAAUACUGUCGCGUUCCGGGAGGCUUCACUGGACUUCACAAUGUUUACCUGGUUGAUCCUCCACAGGACGACGUCCAACAGAGCUACUUCUUCGCCGAAACUCUCAAGUACCUCUAUCUGCUGUUCAGCGACGAUGAUCUCAUAAACCUGGACGAAUGGGUGUUCAACUCUGAGGCGCACGUGCUUCCCAUUAGGGGCAACCCUCUGUACCGGCCAGCUCCCUCUUUAUAAUUCAAGGAAACCCUUCACACCUCGAAGAAACGACGCAGCGAGACUGUUCUAACAGCUCGAAGUAACGGAGUCCCUCCGCUGUAUUCGAAGAAAGCGAGAAGAGCGACGUGAACACGGAACGAAGAACAAUCGGGGAUAACUUGGCUACGGGGGACACGCAAGAGAUAACCACAAGAAUAUUCGACAGUGUACACAAUA